AUGCUCUUCAAGUCCAUCUUCGCUACUGCCGUGCUGUUCGCAGCUUCUGCUGUUGCGCUUCCUACCGAUCUCGAAGCCCGCCAACAAUUCACCACUUGUGGUGACACCUACUACAGCGCAUCCCAGGUCAACGCCGCCUUCAACGCAGGCUACAACGACUAUCUGAACGGCGUCACCUACGGCAACUCAAAUUAUCCUCACCAGUACAAUGACUAUGAGGGCUUUGACUUCCCUGUCGAUGACAUGAUUUGCGAUGUGAGCAACGGUGUCUACACUGGUGGCUCUCCCGGUGCCGACAGAGUUGUUUUCAACACCAACGGCGAAUACGCUGGCGCCAUUACCCACACCGGCGCUUCUGGAAACGACUUUGUUGGCUGUUCUGGCACUGAUUAA